AAGUAACAGCCCUGGAUCAGGAACAACAGAAGUCAGACCAUAUGAGGUCAAGGGCCGUGGCAGCCUCUGGAUGUCAAAGAUUGUCACUCAGGUAUUUCUCACCCUGUUAAGAAGAGCAAAAAAAAAAAAAAAGGCAGAGAGGAUUCCAUCAAUGCCUGGGAACCUGAGGGAUCCUGCGGAGACAGAGAGGUCAGGGGGAGCCAGCAGUGAUAAUGCUGUGAGGAGGACUGCUCAGGGAAAGCUCAGCCACGUUGUUUUUGUCCUUGUCAGUGUCCUGUGCAGGAUCUGGUCUGGUCUGAGGGCACUCACUGCAGCACCAUGAGAGCCUCCAGUGACAAGACGUCUCUCCUCUCAGGGCUGCUCGUGUUCAUGCUGUGUGUCAUCUCUUCUCUUUGUCAGGAUGGAUUUUCUGGACAUCACUCAGGUGAGGAACACACCUAUGAAGGCUCCGUAGUCAACCACUAUGACAGCUUAGCUUCUCCUCAACCAGAGUAUCCACCUGAGCCAACUCACACCUAUGAGGACCAGCGGCCUGACGAGGGGGACUACGACGUCUACGGUCCUGACCCCAGCCAGGUCACCAUGAUCACUGAGGAUACCUUCACCUACGACACCACCACCGAGUCCCACUAUGCCAAGGAGGACACUGAGACCAUGCAGGUACCAUAUGUGUACCCUCAUGGAGGACCUGACACGGACUCCUCUGAAGAGUCAGGGGGUGAUGCAGCACUUGCGGAGGAGGGGCCAACAGAGUGCGACUGUGAACCAGGGGAGCCUGGAUUUGCUGGCUUUGCUGGACCAAAGGGAUCCAGAGGUCUGCAGGGUAAAACUGGCAAGCCGGGACUUCAAGGCAGAGAGGGUUAUAAAGGAACCAAAGGGGUUCAGGGAGGAAGAGGAGACGCUGGACCAGUGGGCGAUGUUGGGCCUGAAGGAGACGAAGGAGCUUCCGGUUUCUUUGGGGCCAUGGGAGAACCUGGACUUCCAGGAGACCCGGGUGGGCAUGGAGAUAUGGGUCUGAAGGGUGACAUUGGUAUGGACGGACCCCGCGGAGGAGUCGGAGCUCCUGGUGAGACUGGCCCUCGUGGAGACGCAGGGCCUUCAGGAUCAAAGGGAGGUAAAGGUUUUGAGGGGUCUCGUGGUGACCAAGGCAAACAGGGUAGUCAGGGACGGGAUGGACAGAAGGGUCAGACAGGUGCACCCGGCUUUCCAGGUGACACUGGCGAGAGAGGCUACACUGGUUAUCCUGGUCAGCCAGGAGGCAUCGGACCCAGAGGACCAAAGGGCACUAGAGGUUACGACGGCCUGUCAGGCAGUGAUGGUGAUCCUGGUCAAGAUGGCCCUAUAGGAGUCCCGGGGCUGAUGGGAGAGCCUGGACUGUUUGGUCCCAAGGGUAAUAAAGGGGAUCGUGGCGUGAGAGGACCUCGGGGCAGAGUGGGCGCUGUGGGUCCUCAAGGAAAGCAAGGAGAUGCCGGAGUACCCGGGAAACCAGGGCCAAAGGGUCUACAGGGCCCAACGGGGGCCAAAGGUGAGACAGGACCUGACGGUGAGAAGGGUGCAGCAGGGAAGAAGGGCAUUAAAGGAAAUAAAGGUCAAAAGGGAAGUGUAGGUGGUCAUGGAGACAAAGGACAGCGUGGACUGAAAGGUGCAGUUGGUCGUGAUGGCGUCCCCGGCCCUGUUGGACCUCCUGGCAUCCCAGGGACCAGAGGGGAGCGCGGCCCGGUCGGUGACUUGGGUGUUAAAGGCCGAGCAGGACCAAAAGGAGCCCAAGGUCCUUCUGGUCCUGGUCUGACUGAUGAGCAGGUCCUGCAGCUCUGCAGAGGCGUGGUCAUGGCCCAGAUCUCCCAGUACGCUGCCUCCAUUCGAGCCAAGUGCUCCCAGGGCUGUCCCAUCAACGACCGUGUCCUCAUCGGGCCCCCGGGAGCCCAAGGGCCACUAGGAUCUCCAGGCAAACCUGGUAAGACAGGAAGAGCUGGAGUGAAAGGAAGCAGAGGUGUUCAAGGUGACAGAGGACUGGAGGGUCAGGAGGGAGUGCAGGGUGACAGAGGGCAAAAAGGAUCUAAAGGCUUCGCAGGUGAUCCGGGUAGAGGCCUGCCGGGACCUGAUGGACCACAAGGCCUCAGAGGUUUCCCAGGUGACCCAGCAGAACCCAAAAAGGGCAUGGAGGGUCCCCACGGUCCCCGUGGCUUUCCUGGUGCUGUGGGUCCACCCGGUAUGGUUGGAAUCACAGGUGUGCCAGGAUUUUGCGAGGCGCGGGACUGUAGCAUUUAUGCACCCGUGAUACGCAAAGAGCAGGGUCUGGUGAAAGGACCCAUCAGUUAAAAAAAUCUGAACUCGAAUGACGAGGACCGAUGUGAGGAUGGCAGUUUCAAGGGUUUAAAUGGGGCAGAAAUUUGUUCGAUUUAUGACAUUAGUUUGUUUAAAACGUGUAACAUGUUCUGUCCUUAACUGACUGUUGCUGAAAACAUCAGUGGACCAAGUACAUUACCAGGGGGUGCUCUGUUUCUUAGCCUGUUUGGUAAGAAAGGGUAAACAUGCAGGAUCAAAGCCGACAAAGACUUUUCCAUCUGAGCUGGAAAAAAGCUUUGAAUGAGCUUUUGACAUUUUAAAGGUUUCAUGCUCCAUUUAAAUCCAAAGUCUGUUUCAAUUUUUUAAAACAGAACAGUUUAGUCUUAUGUUAAUUUGAUAAAAACACUAAAUAAUUCCCCACUGAAUCCUUUAUUUGGUUUAG